AUGCCUCUGCAGGUGCCAGUGAUUGACCCUUUCUCUCGUGAAACACAGCCAUCAGCAUGUCACGGAGUGCCUCUAGGAGGCAUCGGGGCGUGCAGCAUAGGGCGGGGGUUCCGGGGGGAGUUCAACCGAUGGCAGUUUGCAGCGGGGCAGUGCGAGGACGCACCCGUGGACGCCGACCAGUUCUCUGUGUUCAUCACAAGGCAGGCUGAGAGCUCAGUGGACGAGCCUCGCAAGUUCUCUUCUGUGCUGUACCCUGGUGUGCCCAAGGGCGUGCGGAGGAAGGCGAGUGGGUUGGGCAUCGACGCGUGGGGGUGGAACAUGGAUGGCUCCCGCAACACCUACUAUGCUCUCUUCCCGCGCGCCUGGACCGUUUAUCAAGAGCCAGACCCACAGAUGACCAUCUCGUGUCGCCAGGUCUCCCCCUUCAUACCCAACAACUACCAGGAGUCCUCCCUCCCCUCCUCCGUCUUCGCUUUCACUCUGGCUAACACAGGCACCACAGCUGCUGACGUCUCACUCGUCUUCUCCCUUGCGAACUCUGUAGGGGGGGAUUCUGCAACAACUGGUGGCCAUCUCAACACUGCAUUUGAGAUGGAUAGGGGCAUCAAAGGCGUGAAACUACAGCACAGGUCCUCCAAAGUGGGCGGCCCUGUGACUCUUGCCAUUGCCGCCCGAGGGGGGAGUGGCACCAGGGAGAGUCACUCCCCUGCCGCCUCUGCCCCUACCCACUCUCCUGUCACUGCUCACUCAACUAACGGAACUGCUGACUCAGCUGAAGGGACUGCUGACAGCAGCACUGACGGGGUGCGCGUGUCUGUCUGCCCGCACUUCGUCCUUUCUGGCCCUUGCAAGGGCCUAUCGGCUGCUGACAUGUGGCAGCACCUAGAGAAGACUGGCACCUUACCCCCCCACCACGAGUCAGCCCUGGCAUCGCACCCCUCGUUCCCCGGCACGGCCAUCGGAGCAGCAGUGGCGGCGUCGGUGUCGGUGCCGCCCGGAGCCACCCGCCAUGUGGACUUCACGCUCUGCUGGGAUGUGCCUGUUGCGCGCUUCAACCCCGAUAGCCACUACCUCAGGUGCCCCUUGCUGGGGGAUGGGACCUAG